AUAAAACAUGAAGAGGUGCCCAGCCUGUCCCUGAAAGGAUGGGACCAUUCGGGGUUCCAUAAGGAGGACAGUGACCUGGAUACUCCGCAGACUCCGCGCUCAGUGGGUGACGGCAAUGAGAAGACAGUGGAAAGCUGUGGGAGCGCCCCCUAUCCUCGGGACUGUAUGGCAGAAGAUAACCAUGUUAUGGCUCAGGGUUACCAGCAGUACUUGUACAAUGAAGGUUACAAUUUACAGAUCAACUCCCAGCAGCUGAGGGAGGGGACUUGGAUAUCUCCCCAGCAGUGUAAGCGGGAAGAAGCUGAUCACAUGACCUCAGGUGGCAGCAGUAAGAGGAAACGGGCAGAAAGCUGUGGGAGCGCCCCCUAUCUUCAGGACUGCACCCAGAGGGAGAACAGGACAGAUACAGAGGAUUACCAGGUGGAGGCUGAAGAUCUAAUAAUCCGGUGUAAGGAGGAAGAGAUUGAACCAGAUCACAUCACAGAAGACCGUUCGGAAGUGGAAGUAAAGUUGUAUCACUGCGCGGAGUGCGAUGAAUGUUUCACGGACCCCUCAGACUUCUCCUUCCACCAGAAAGCACACGGCGCCAACCACCGCUUCUCCUGUGCCAUCUGCCGGCUCUCCUUCGAGUCGGAGUCGACGUUCCUCAAGCACCAAAGCUGUCACCUGGACAGGCCCUCCAGUCCCUGCGCGGGGGAGCGGAGCUUCUUGGUCAGGUCUACCAUCGUCCGAUACUCCGGAGAGAAGCCCUUCCAGUGCACAGACUGCGGCCGUUGCUUUGCCCUGAAGUCCACACUGGUCAAACACCAGCGCGUGCACACGGGAGAGAGGCCGUUCGUGUGCGGCAAGUGCGGGCGCUCCUUCUCCCAGAGCUGCAACCUCCUGCGCCACGAGAGACGCUGUGCAGCCGCCAAAGUGACUUUGGGUCUGAAUUAGCGGAUUGAAGAUUCCGUAUGCGGCCUACGCGGGGCGCGCAGCCUCACUUUUCUUACUGAACAAUAGAUGGGUUCCUAAAUCCCUCAGAGACUCCCGUUGUGAGACCCGGGAUGUUGGCUUCUCAGGUCUGGUCGCUGUGAGGGGCUCCCGCUUUCGCUACUGGGCACCCCAACCAAAACCUUUGGAUAGAGCGGGAAAGAAUUAAAGCCACUAGCAUUUUUU